AUGCUCACUGAAAAUCAUCAACUCAACGUUAUUUUCCUUCCAUUUGUCAGCCAUGGCCAUCUGAUCCCCAUGGUCGACGUCCCCCAUCUCUUCGCCAAGCUCAGCGUUGCUGUCACCAUCAUCACCACCGUCGCCAAUGCCGCCCUCUUCCACAGCAAAAUCCACCGCCACUCCAUGUCGGGCUGCCAUAUCCGCAUCCACACAAUUCCAUGGCCUGCCCUAGAGACACGAGGCGGUGGUUGCAUCAUUGCCGACACCUUUUACCCUCGGACGACAGAGGUUGCCGCCGAGCUUGGAAUCCCACGGCUUGCUUUCAACGGCUCCGGUUUCUUUGCUUACUGUGGUGAGCAAUGUGUUAAAGAACACAAGCCUCAUCUUGAAGUGCAAUCCGACGAUGAUAAGUUCCAACUUCCGGGGUUGCCAGAUUCUUUAGAGAUGAGGAGGUCUGAGUUGCCAAGUUGGAUCACCAACCCCGAUGAAUUCUCACAGUUUCUUGGUGGCUGUAAGGAAUCAGAGAAACGAUGUUAUGGAAUGUUGAUGAACAGCUUUUAUGAAUUGGAAAAUCCGUAUGAACAACACUUCAAUAAGUGUUCUCGCUGGAAUUCUUUCCCUUCUACAAUCGAUAUGAGACCCCGUAAUCUACCCUCUUUAGGGCCCAGUAUCCUACUCGGACACCGCCUCUUGUCCACCCCCUUUGGGGCUAAACCUCCUUGGCACUCGUUCCCUUCUUCAAUUCUAGAAGGUGUAAGCUCAGGCUUGCCAAUGAUCACAUGGCCAAUGUCUGCCGAGCAAUUUUACAACGAGAAGUUGUUGAUUGAUGUGCUGAAGAUUGGGGUCGGAGUUGGAUCCAGAAAGUGGUGGAAUUUGGGAGAACACAGAUCACAAGAGAUGGUUACGAGGGAAGAUAUUGGAAAGGCUGUGGCUUUGUUGAUGGGUACAAGCGGUGAGGCAGAGGAGAUGAGGAAGAGGGCUAGAAACAUGGGAGAGGCAGCAAAGAGAGCUGUGAGUUGUGGUGGUUCGUCUCAUAUGAACUUGGUCUCUUUGGUUAAUGACCUUCAAACAAUGAAGCUUAGCCGCGAGAGCAAUAGCCAUAUGGUAUUGUAA